AUGUUAUGUGACUUCCUUAUUCACAUUGAAGUUGGAUACUUAAUACUAAGAAUAUUGGUAGAAUGUGAUGCGGAAAAGAGAAUCGAUUCCUCGUCGUCGUCAUCAAAAAAGAGAAAAUCUGAGGGAGAAUCAUCUGAUGAUGAUAAUACUGGUCGAAGCAAUCGGCAACCUGAUAAUUUAGGCAAACAAGAGAUAUACAUAAUAAUUCUGAUCGAGGUCGAUGUACUAGCUUGGUUUAACGGACUGAUGGAAGGGGGUGUCAUCCGUAGACAUAAAAUUUCCUAUCUAGGGGAACUAAUGCAUGACAACGAUGAUGUUGAAGAUUGCUCAUUAGUCGCGAAAUACUCCCAUACGUUUUGGAGAUCAAGCAGAAAAAACACCAAUCCGGCUAGACAAAGGCCAGCUUUUGGAUUACGUACGCAUACCGGUUCAGCAGCAGCAUUGCGUCAAUACUUUGUCGUGUUCUUUCGGAUUCACGAUUUUUUUACGUCCUGA